GUGAAGGUGUACCGGCCCAGUCCGACUAGAGGCUUGUUCAGGUACGGUCCGUACGUCGCCGCGAUCCGUGUUACCCUCCCUCUCACUCUGUAGUUUGUGAUGUGUUUACUUCAGUAACACGCCAGUUCUCGCCACAGGAUAGCCGAUCUUCUGAGGAUGCCUUCGCGGGCCUAGCCAGGGCAUGAAGGACAGCCAUGGUAGACCUGGACCGCUGGCUAGCAUGCUUGACACUCACUCUCGCCCUCUGUCUCACCCUCGCACCUGGAGUGUCAUCAGACAAGUCAGAGUUCGUCAAAGGGAAAAUAUGUAUCGGGACGAACGGGCGGAUGUCUGUGCCGUCCAACCGGGACCAUCACUACCGCAACCUCCAAAACCGGUACACGAACUGCACCUAUGUGGACGGCAACCUGGAGCUGACGUGGCUCCAGGACGAGCACAUGGACCUGAGCUUUCUCCAGUACAUCCGAGAGGUCACCGGGUACGUCCUCAUCUCUCACGUCGACGUCAGGAGGAUAGUUCUGCCCCGACUGCAGAUCAUCCGAGGCCGGACGCUCUUCAAGCUCAACAACUACCCCAACGAGUGGGCCUUGCUAGUCACUCUUUCCAAGAUGCACAACUUGGAGAUGCCGAUGCUCAGAGACAUCCUGCAAGGCAGUGUUGCCAUGCUGAACAACUACAACCUGUGCCACAUGAAGACCAUCAACUGGGACGAGAUCAUCACGGGGCCCAACUCUCAGUUCCUAUAUGUCUACAACUUCACGCUACCGGAGAGAGAAUGUCCACCCUGCGACAAGAGCUGCGAGAAAGGUUGCUGGGGCGAGGGCUCAGAGAACUGCCAACGUUUCAGCAAAGUCAACUGCAGUCCUCAGUGCUCGGACGGCAGGUGCUUUGGCCCCAAGCCGCGAGAGUGUUGUCACCUCUUUUGUGCAGGUGGUUGCACUGGACCUAAACAGAGCGACUGCUUGGCAUGCCGUAACUUCUACGACGAUGGGGUGUGCACACAGGAAUGUCCUCAGAUGCAACUCUAUAACCCCAUCACUUACUCCUGGGAGACCAACCCCCUCGGAAAAUACGCAUAUGGAGCCACUUGUGUCAAGAAUUGUCCGGAGCAUUUACUCAAAGAUAGUGGAGCUUGUGUAAGAAGCUGCCCUUCUAAGAAAAAGGCUGUGAACGGAGAAUGUGUCCCCUGUGACGGACCAUGCCCCAAGAUGUGUGAGGGACAACACAUUAUACACUCGGGAAAUAUCGACUCGUUCAAAGACUGUACUGUCAUCGAAGGCUUCAUCCUGAUCCUGGAUCAGUCCUUUGAGGGAUACCAGCAAGUCUACUCCAACUACAGUUUCGGUGAGAGAUAUCAAAAGAUGCAUCCUGACCGGCUAGAAGUCUUCAGCACCCUCAAAGAGGUUACAGGAUAUAUCAGCAUACAAGGAUCCCACCCCGAUUUCACAAAUCUUUCCUAUUUUAGAAACCUCGAAGUUAUUGGAGGAAGAACACUUACAGAAUAUUUUGCAUCGUUGUACAUCGUAAAAACAUCCCUGAAGUCACUGGGUCUGCAGUCGUUGAAGAAAAUCCAUUCUGGAAGUAUUGCCAUCUUAGAGAACAAAGAGCUGUGCUAUGCACAAGGUGUGGACUGGAAGCGUAUUAAGAAGUCGGGUGAGCAUGGGCUUAUGCUGCAGAACAACAAACUAUAUGAAGACUGUGUGCGUGACAAGCAGGUGUGCGAUGAGCAGUGUACGAAGGAGGGCUGCUGGGGCCCUGGGCCAGACCAGUGUUUGUCCUGUGCCAACUAUGAAUUCAACAACACGUGUCUACAAGAUUGUGGAGCUGGGAUGUACAAGGCGACCCAGAAACUCUGCUUGUCAUGUCAUGCCGAAUGUGCAUCAACCUGCAAGGGUCCUGGACCCGGAAACUGUUCCCGCUGUAAGAAUGUGCGAGAUGGCCCAUUCUGUGUACCGUUCUGUCCGGUCAGCAAGUACAACCGCAACGGUAUCUGCGAGCCCUGCCAUGCUAACUGUCUCUACGGGUGUCGGGGUCCCGAGAACACCAUUGGCAUGAACGGCUGUCGGUCCUGCGAAAAAGCCAUCAUCAAUGGAGAUGCAUCAGUGGAGCGGUGCUUGCAACAUAACGAAUCUUGUCCUAAUGGCUACUAUUACGAGUUCGUUCUUCCACAAGAGCAAGGAGCGCUGAAGCCCCUUGCUGGCAAGGCCAUCUGCCGCAGGUGCCACCCACGCUGUCGCAAGUGUACUGGCUACGGGUUCCACGAACAGGUGUGCCAGGAGUGUAGCGCAUACAAGCGUGGAGAGCAGUGCGAGGACGAGUGUCCACCUGACCACUUUGCUGAUGACCGUUCGCAGGAGUGUGUCCCGUGUCACAUCGAGUGUCGUGGCUGCUUCGGUCCUGACAGCAACAACUGCUAUAACUGCCGCAACUAUAAGAUCUAUUUGAAUGGAGGUGACCCGAAAGACAACUCAACUUUGUUCAACUGCACAGCCAACUGUCCUCCUAAACAACCUCACAAGAUCUUCCCCAAUGAUAAUGGCGAGCCAUUCUGUUCAGCCCAGCCCAUCCCCAUGGCUUCAAGGAGAGAUGGAGACCAGUUAUCAGCUAUCCUGGGAGGAGCCAUUGUAUGUGUACUACUGCUAAUGAUCUUCGUGGUGGUAAUCGGUUACCAGUGGCGGCUGAAAGCCAAGGCCAAGGAGAAUGCUGUCAAGAUGUCCAUGGUGCUACAGGGUUUGGACGAGCCCCUUAGGCCAACCAAUGUUCGACCUAACCUAGCUAAACUGAGGAUAGUCAAGGAAGCGGAGCUCAGAAAGGGUGGAGUCCUCGGAUUUGGAGCGUUUGGAACAGUCUAUAGGGGAGUAUGGCUGCCGGAAGGGGAGAAUGUCAAAAUCCCAGUAGCCAUCAAGGUUCUGAGGGAGAGGACGGGAGCCAAUACCAGCAAGGAAUUCCUAGAGGAGGCAUACAUCAUGGCGAGUGUGGAGCACCCUAACUUGCUACAGCUGCUGGCCGUGUGUAUGACGUCCAACAUGAUGCUGGUGACACAGCUCAUGCCACUGGGCUGCUUGUUGGAUUAUGUGCGCAACAACCGAGAGAAGAUAGGCUCAAAGCCACUGCUCAACUGGUGCACCCAGAUUGCACGAGGGAUGGCUCAUCUGGAGGACAAGAGACUAGUACAUCGUGACCUAGCUGCCCGUAACGUAUUAGUCCAGACACCCAACUGCGUCAAAAUUACAGACUUCGGGUUGGCCAAGCUUUUGGAUAUCAAUGAGGACGAGUACAAGGCUGCUGGUGGCAAGAUGCCUAUCAAGUGGCUCGCUUUAGAAUGUAUCCAGCACAGGAUAUUUACCCACAAGAGUGAUGUCUGGGCUUUUGGAGUGACAGUGUGGGAGCUGCUGACAUACGGAGGGCGGCCAUAUGAGUCUGUGUUAGCGAGAGACGUACCAGAGUUGCUGGAGAAGGGAGAACGAUUGCCACAGCCUCCCAUCUGCACCAUUGAUGUCUACAUGCUAAUGAUCAAAUGUUGGAUGCUGGAUGCAGAGAGCCGCCCCACAUUUAAGGAGUUGGCAGAUGAGUUUGCUAAGAUGGCCAGAGACCCAGGUCGUUACUUAGUCAUCCACGGUGACCGCUUCAUGAGACUGCCUUCUUACAACUCCUCCCAGGAGGAUAAGGAGGCAGUGUCUGCAGAAGGGUCAGAAUCUGUGGACACAGACGAGUACCUGCAGCCCAAAACGCAGCCUGAGUCACCCACUCCACAGAAUCAGACAAACUGGGACAGAGAGAUGAUGCGGUAUGCAGUUGCUGAUCCCUCCCGUUACUGUCCUCAGCCCAUCUUUAAAGAUACUACAGAGCUGGACGACAACAGUACAGGCAAGCGAGAGGCCCAAGUGGGUGCUCUCAAACUGGAACUUCCUCUGGAUGAGGAUGACUAUCUCAUGCCCUCCCCUCAGCAAAGUCAAGCUCCAUCCACUUACAUGGACCUUAUUGGGGACUCUAAACUACCACAGCCAGAGCCGGUAGAAGGCAACGGGAUACUCCGCAAUUACAAUCCCGACUUCCUCCCUCCCCAAACCAGUGUGGACAACCCCGAGUAUCACCUGGUCGGUGUGCCCCACACUCCGGCAGGUGCUCCUCACCCGGUUGCAGGACCGUGCCACAAGUCGUCGGAGGAGGAGUCGGACCACGAAUACUACAAUGACUUUGACCGGCUCCAGCGGGAGUUACAACCCCUUAGACGAAACGAGACGACAGUCUAGUGUCUAGUGAGAACACUGUUUGUGUAGUUUUAACGUGUACAAUAUGUAAGUAGUUUUUACUCAGUGUAAAAAAAUGUUAUCGAUAAUACUGUUCAUUAUAGAUAGGAAGGAAUCUCAAGUUUUCUGUUAAAAGACAUAUCACUGUUAAGGUAUGUAAAUAGGAAUGUACAAUGAUAUAAUAUUGUAAUUUUAAGGAUCAAAAAUUUUACUUAGGAGUGCAAGAAUUCUUAGCUUGACAAAUAAAAUUUUCUCUAUUUCAAAUAAUUUAACAGCUUAAAUUAAAUCCAAACCAACAGGGGGUUUAGUGUGUUCUACAGUCAUUCCAAAAUUCACAUUCCAAAGUGAUGGUUAGACAUAAGAAGUCAUACAACGAACUUGAGUCAUUCUUCUAGUUAAAAAUCAAAGUGCCAUUUUAUAGUGGCUUAUUUUUUGAAUUGUUGUUUUUUGUGUUAAGAUAUUUAAGCUUGUUAAAACAAACCCAACUAUCAAUGUAGAAAAAAUUUGUAGUUUAAUAAUAGUUACAAUUAUGUACUUAUAUGUUGAAAUAUGUUGUAUAUAUAAAACACUGAAGAAGUGAGGGACGAUUUCAAAGUUAUUUUUACAUUUUUAUAUGAUUGAGUUCUGAUUGCUUGAAUGGAGCAUUGCCUCCUCACUUCUUCAGCUUAUAGACUGUGAUACUCUUGUUAUAAAGUUUUAACUAGAAUUAUCGUAAUUGUAAUUAUGUAAUAUGUUAAAGUUAACAUACCUGUCUCAAGCAAUAUUGUUGAAAACUAGGAUAUUAUUUAAGUGUAUUUUGGCUGUCAAUCAUGUAAUAAAUUAGUUUGUAACCUAAAAAAAAUAUAAAACCAAAAUACUGUUUUAACUUAAAGCAUGUAUAAACUGCCUUACUAUUGAACAAUUUAUGUUUAGUAGGGUUAUAAAUGAUAAAAACUGACAGAUAUAUUUUUAGUGCAUGUUAAAAUUUUAGUUACCUUUUAAUUUUUGUCACAUUUAAGAAUAAUUAAAUUAAAUAUUUUAUUGUUUUGUUACUAUGUGCUAAUAUUGAUUUUGAAUUUAAGUAUAAUUUGGAAAUGGAUAAGUUUAAAUUGAAAAAAAUCCUUUAAUAACGCCAAUCUCUAGCUAACUAGUUCAAGGAUUAGAUGCUUAUUAGCAAAAUGUACAUUAAAUUUUAUUUCUCAAAUCAGGGCAAUUUGUUCAGUUUUGUACUUUAAGCCAAAGAAUAACUGCAAUUUUUCUACUAAAUUAUUGUUUUUACUUUUAAAUUUCAAAAAAUAAAAUACUUAAAAAUCUAAAAUACAAUGAGAUAAUGACAAGAUUUUGAAUCAAAGUACUGAUAAUCAAUCCAAAAUAAGUUCUCUUCUUUAUCAGUCAACUGUUGUAAACUAUUUAAGUCACUGAAAUAAUGUAAAUAAAUAGAUUAAGAAUCUGUAUCUAGUGCCAUUCUGAAAGCCAAUUGUCCUUGCCAAUGCUGCCUUGAACUUAAUCACUUAUUAAGACUUAAGAUCUUCGUCAAUCAUCGAGAUCUGGAAAAAUGUUGAUAGUCUUGUUUAUGUACUAUUGUUGUUGCACAAUUUCUACUAAAAUAUACAGUAUUCCAACCAAAUUCAUGAAAUAUAUUUUUGUACUCUUCUUUUUUGGAUAUGCUUACCUUGUAAUUAUUUGGUCAUAUUAGUUAUACAAUGUAUUGUUAUGUUAGGCAGCAUGUAUUCCACCUACCUUUCUUCCCCUAUGUACUGAGGCAAACUGUACGAUAUUGUACCUAUUGUGGAUGUAAUAAACUUUAUAUUAUACUAA